AUGUUCGACGACCAGGAUCUGGGAUUCUUCUGCAACUUCCUCGGCAUCUUCGUCUUCGUGCUGGUCAUCGCAUACCACCACGUGAUGGCCGACCCGAAAUAUGAAGGGAGCUAA